UUACAUCCCUGUCCUUAGCUCUGUCUCUCCCCUUCUCUAACCUCUCCGGCCUCUCUCGUCGCUAUGGCCCCUGCAACAGAUCCAGUAGUUACACAGAAGCCAAGUACUAUUGUAUCGCCAAACUCCAUAACCAUAAAGAAGCUUGCAGAGUCAUCACAAGUCACUUUUGUUCCUUCAAAUUAUACGUACACAGAUACUCCUCAAUAUGAGGCAGUUUUGAUAGAUAACGAAGCAAAAGUCCCCAUCGUUGACUUCUCUCUUCUCACAUCUAGUUCUCCAGAGCUGAGGUCCAAAGCCAUCAGCGAUCUUGGUAAAGCAUGCGAGGACUGGGGCUUCUUCCUGGUCAUCAAUCACGGUGUGCCUGAGGAGCUGAUGAAAGCCGUCAUGGAUGGUACUUUAAGAUUUUUUGAUCUCAGUGAGGAGGAGAAGCAUGAGUAUGAAGGGAAGCAUGUAUUGGACCCAAUAAGGUGUGGCACCAGCUUCAAUGCUUCGGUGGACAAAGUUUUGUUUUGGAGGGAUUUUCUUAAGGUUCUUGUUCACCCUGAGUUUCACUUCCCUGAUAAACCCACUGGCUUCAGUGAGCUUUCAUCGGAGUAUUGCAAGAGAACAAGAGAAGUUACAUGGGAACUACUAAAAGGAAUAUCAGAGAGCUUAGGAUUGGAAGCUGACUACUUGGAUACAGCCUUGAAUGUGAAGACCGAAGGUUUACAGAUCUUCAUUGCAAACUUGUAUCCUCCUUGCCCACAGCCAGAACUGGCACUGGGGAUGCCCCCUCAUUCUGAUCAUGGCCUCCUCACCCUCCUCAUUCAAAAUGGAAUUGGUGGCCUGCAAGUGCAACACAAUGGAAAAUGGGUCAAUGUCGACGCCGUACCUAACUCGUACCUUGUUAACACUGGCGAUCACCUUGAGAUCUUUAGCAAUGGGAAGUACAAGAGCAACAUACAUCGAGCAACGUUAAACAACAAAGCUACAAGAGUAUCAAUCGCCGUUCCAACUGGCCCAUCUCUAGAUGUCGUUGUUACUCCGGCAUCUAAGUUGGUAGAAAAUGGACAUCAUCCACCGGCAUAUGUAGGGAUGAAGUAUAAGGAUUAUCUAGAACUUCAGCAAAGCAACAUGCUUGAUGGGAAAGCGAUUUUGGAUCGUGUGCGUAUGUAAAUUAUCUCACACCCUAAUAUCUGGUAUCUAGCUACAUGGUGUUUCCAUAGUAUCCAACAAUAAGCAAGUCGAGAGAGAAUUUUCUAAACAAUUUCUAAUAAUUAUACGGUAAUCUUAUUAUUAUUAUUAUUAUUAUUAUUAUUAUUAUUAUUAUUAUU